GUAGAAAGUCGCCAUCCGGAAUAGAAACGUAAACACCUCCUGCUGAACUGGGAAGCAAAUGUAAUGUUUGUAAGAGGCUGAAAGACUGAAUUACAGUAUGAUUAAAGCCAUUUUAGUGUUCAACAAUCACGGCAAGCCCAGAUUAUCCAAAUUUUACCAGUUUUAUGCGGAAGAUGUGGAGCAACAGAUAAUCCGGGAAACUUUCCACUUGGUGUCAAAACGUGACGAAAAUGUCUGCAACUUUUUAGAGGGCGGCACGUUGAUUGGAGGAUCGGAUUACAAGCUAAUCUAUCGCCAUUAUGCUACACUAUAUUUUGUGUUCUGCGUGGAUUCAUCAGAGAGUGAGCUUGGAAUUCUAGACCUCAUACAGGUGUUUGUUGAGACCCUCGACAAGUGCUUUGAGAAUGUUUGUGAACUGGACCUAAUCUUCCAUGUUGACAAGGUGCACUACAUUCUGGCCGAGCUGGUGAUGGGUGGGAUGGUGCUGGAGACGAACAUGACAGAAAUCAUAACAAGGAUCGAGGAACAGAAUAAACUGGAGAAAUCAGAGAAAAUAUUUCAGUUGCCAGCGGGUAUAUCAGCAGCUCCAGCACGAGCGGUGUCUGCGGUCAAGGACAUGAACAUCCCACAGAAAAUAAAGGACAUGAAGAUGCCGGACCUCCCAUCCAUAGGCAACCUCAAGUUCUGAUCCGUGUUGUCCUAAAUCUGACCAAUCACCAAAUAUUGGGUGAUAAAUCUGACCAAUCACAGAAUAUUGGGCGAUACAUCUGACCAAUCACAGAAUAUUUGGUGAUAAGUCUGACCAAUCACAGAAUAUUGGGUGAUACAUCUGACCAAUCACAGAAUAUUGGGUGAUAAAUCUGAGCAACGCAGCAUACAGUGGUGAAUCAAUGAACAAAUAUAAACCUGUCAUAUUACAGGAAAUAAAGUGUUGGCGUCAUAAAGGGGUUUCGUUAACAUGAAUCUGACUAAUGACAGAAUAUUGGGUAAUAAAUCUGACCAAUCUGAAUAAUUAUAAACCAGUCAUAUUACAGUAAAUUAAGUGUUUUUUUGCAAAAAAUGGACAAACAAACUUCAUUAUACUGCCACCAUUUGUACUGUCAGAAAUUUUGGCAUUACAAAAGGGGUUAGUCAUUGUUCUGACUAAUGACUGAAUAUUGGGUGAUAAAUCUGACCAAUCGAGGAACAAAUAUAAACAAGUUGUAUGACAGAAAAUGAAAGAGCUUUUUGCCAAAAAAAUACAAUAAAACCUCAUUAUAAAUAUAUACAGUAAAACCUUGUUAUACUGCCAACAUUUGUCCUGAGAAAUUUUGACAUUAUAAAGGGGUUUGUCGAUUUAAUGAGGGAAACAUUUAAAGAAUUUCUGAAGAAAAGAGAAAACAGGAUAAUCUGCAGAAAAGAGAAUUUGAGGGGAUUUUGAGGGGUGUUUUUUAAGAUAAACAAAGUGGCUGGCAAAUGGAACAGGGGGCAUUAUAUCAAGUUUUUUGUUAGAUCUCCUGAUAUGCAUAUGCAUGAACUAUUUGAAUACUGUACUGUACAUUGUGAUACUGAAAAGUAUCUAAAAGCAGUGAGAUUUUUUCAUAAUAAUCUAUUGUCUAAAUGCUCUUUUCCUGUAUCUUAUAAAACUCAUUUAUUCCCAGGAUCUAAGGAUAGAGUAAUUCCACCACAGGAUUUUUCAAAUUUGGUAAAACUUGCCCAAAUUGAAAACCUUGAGGGUGGAUUUUUUCAUACUGCAUUCCUAGGCAUGAUUUUUUUUUUAUCUUAUUCUAGUCUCAGCAACAUUAAAUAUAUCUCAUUCUUCAAUUUUGUAAAGCAAAAUAUUCCCAUGUAUUUGACUUGUAUGGAUAACAAAUUAACAACAGCUUUUAAUUUCAUCAUGUCACCAUAACAAUAUGUCCGUUUCAGAAAUGGUUGACCCAUUGGGAUGUCAUGCAUGAGAAAUAGGGUGCAAGAUAGGACUUGAGUGUAUGACUCAGAAUUCAUAUGUAAAUUUAUCACUGACUUGAGUUGCCUCGACUGAAAUUCUUAUUUAUAAAAAUUUGAUUGAAAUUACUAACUGUAGAUUUAAAAUAUGUUUAGAAUGGAUCUUUGUGUUUUUGAAUAUGACAUAAAAAUUCAUUUUGGAUUAUAUACUGUAAAUUCAUAAUGAGCGAUUUCAAACACUCCAGAGUAUCGGGCUAGCCUGACACUAGUGUCAUCCAAAAUGAAAAUGAAUGCUGGCCUAGCCUUUGAAACUAUGAAGUUAACCAUAAUCAUCAUACUGUAAAUCAGUCGGUUUUUGUGAGAUAUUAAUUUUCAUGUUUAUAAGGAAGGAAACUGCUAAAUA